AUGAGGAGCAUUUGGCCUGGCGUCAACCGGUCUUUAUCCUGUUGUGGGACUGUCAUGAAGAACAUACAGUACAUGCUACUUAUUUCUGCCUUGGACUGAUAAAAUCAAGUCUUAUGAUGAAUAAGCUCACUUGGAUUUUGAAAUGGACUGGAAAUAUGCAGUGUGACCCGACCGAGGCUUUGCGCAACUGGAAACAGGCCAGUCUGUCCAUCUGGGGAUGGGGGGGUCUUGGAGUCGUCCUCUUCCUCAUCACAUUUGGACCCUUUGCCAUCUUUUAUCUGGCCUUCUACAUCCUCUGUUUCAUUGGCGGGGGAUUCGUAGUGCUGCUUUUAUUUGGAAAGAUAAACUCAGAGAAACACCUGGAAAGGUGUGAACACUCAUACCUGCCUUCAACACAGACGGCCAUACUGAAGGUUUUGGAGGAGAUGAAAUCAGAGUCCAAACCCAUAAAGAUCGAUCGCCGUCUGACAGGAUGAUGUAUUAUAGUUGAUGAGACUGUGGAGGGUGGUGUCAUCCAGUUCGCCUUGAGGGACUAUAUCCAGUAUUGGUAUUACACUCUGAGUGAUGAUGAAACGUUCCUCUUGGAGAUCCGUCAGACAGUCCAGAACGCACUCGUUGAGUUCUCCACCAGGUCUAAAGAGGUGGACUGGCAGCCGUAUUUCACCACCAGACUGGUGGAUGACUUUGCGACUCAUCUGCGUGUUUUCAGGAAAGCUCAGGAGAGGCUGAACGAGAGAGAAGAUCCAAAACAACGUGACGCUCCGGAUGAGUUGCUGGACUCGUUUUUUGAGGCGGAGGUGGAAAUGGAAAGGAAGAUUUGUAGAGAUGUCGUGUGUACGUCACGCAAGGAUGAAGAAGGUUACCUGCGGGAUCUCUGUGAAGUGCUGCUGUACCUGUUACUACCUCCUGGAGAUUUCCACAGCAAGAAUAUGAGAUACUUCCUCAGGGAAGUUUUGGCCAGAGGAGUUCUGCUGCCCUUAAUUAACCAGCUGAGUGACCCUGAUUACAUCAACCAGUUCAUCAUCUGGAUGAUUCGUGACUCCAGCUGUAACUACGAGGCCUUCUUGAACAUCUUAAAGCUGACAGACAAAGCGGCCGAGCUGGAGGCCGUCAAAGACAAAGUCCUGGAGGAGCUUCAGUACCUCCGAUCUCUGGACACGGGAGGAGACGAUAUCAACUUCAUAAAGAAUCAAAUCAAUAGUUUGCUCUUUGUGAAGAAAGUCUGUGAAACACGGAUACAACGGCUGCAAUCAGGGAAGGAAGUUGAUGCAUUGAAACUCGCAGCUAAUUUUGGGAAGCUGUGUGUGAUACCGUUGGAGCAUAUAUUAGUGCACAACAUCGCGCUGCAGUUCUUCAUGGACUACAUGCAGCCCAUGGGCGGUCAGGCGAUCCUGUUCUUCUGGCUGACGGUGGAGGGCUAUCGGGUCACGGCCCAGCAGCAGCUGGAGGUCUUACAGAGCAGCCAGAGAGACGGGAAGAAGCAGAGCAGCCAGACCACCAAAGGUCUGCUGAGAGCCGCCGCGCUCGGCGUCUACGACCAGUACCUGUCCGAAAAGGCCUCUCCUAGGGUGGAGGUGGACGAAGCGUCUGUGACCAGACUGGCUCAGAAACUCAACAAAGAGGAUCCCACACCUGAGAUAUUUGAUGAAAUACAGAAAAAGGUGUAUGAUAUGAUGUUGCGGGAUGAGAGGUUUUACCCGUCGUUUAAGCAGCACCCGCUGUACGUGCGGAUGCUGGCCGAGCUGGACAUGCUGAAAGAGCCCAGUUACAUGGGGUCAGACCACGGGGACGGAGAGUCGUUCAACGGGUCUCCAACAGGAAGCAUUAAUUUAUCAUUAGAUGAUCUCAGCAGCGGGAGCGUGGAUGAGUCUGCUCAGCUUCAUGCCUUUAUCUCUGAUACAGGCGUGUGUAACGAACACGGGAAGACGUACGCUCUCUAUACCCUCACCGUCAUACGCAAGAACUCUGACGGCAGCGAGGACAUCUGGAAGACGUACCGGCGCUACAGCGAUUUCCACGACUUCCACAUGCGCAUCACAGAGCAGUUUGAGAGCCUUGGUCCGAUUCUCAAGCUUCCUGGCAAAAAGACCUUUAACAACAUGGACCGGGAGUUUUUGGAGAAGAGGAAGAAGGACCUGAACGCUUAUUUGCAGCUGCUGUUGAAUCCGGAGAUGGUGAAGGCCUGUCCCAUGCUGAUCCCCUACGUCUAUGACUUCCUGGAGAACAAAGCCUACAGCAAGGGCAAAGGAGACUUCGCACGCAAGAUGGACACGUUUGUGAAUCCUCUCCGGAGCUCCAUGCGGAAUGUGUCCAAUGCCGUGAAGUCACUGCCGGACAGCCUGGCCGAGGGAGUGUCCAAAGUCUCAGCAGACAUGGGCCGCAUGUCCGAGAAACUUGGCCAGGAUAUUAAACAGUCCAUAUUUAAGGUGCCUCCUUUAAUCGCAAAGUCUGACAUCGAUCCCGAACACUGCCGCGUCUCGGCCCAGCUGGACGACAAUGUGGAUGAUAAUAUUCCACUGAGGGUGAUGUUGCUGCUGAUGGACGAGGUGUUUGAUCUGAAGGAGAGAAAUCAGUGGCUGCGCAGAAACAUCAAAAACCUCCUGCAGCAGCUCAUCAAAGCCACGUAUGGAGACACCAUUAACAGGAAAAUUGUGGAUCACGUCGACUACAUGACCUCGCCUGAGCAAGUGUCUGAUUAUGUGAAGAGAUUCAGAGACUCUUACUGGCCAAAUGGGAUCCUCGCCGAGACGCCGCCCCGCAGAGACAAAAGCUUACGCAUGAGGACGCGAGUCGCCGCCAAGACCACACUCCUGGGCAUCAUGCCAGAUGAGUUGAAGCACAUCAUCGGGGCGGAAACCACACGCAAGGGCAUCCUGCGCGUCUUUGACAUGUUCCAGCACCAACCACUGAACCGCCGGCUGGCCUGCGUCUUUCUGGAGGGCUUCCUGGAGACCUUGUUUCCUCAGUACAAGUUCCCCGAGCUGUUCGUGAAGCUCCACUCGCGCUCGCCCCGCGUGCUCAGAUAUUCACAGAAAUUGCGCAGCCUGCAGAAGAGGUGACAGACGGAUGCUUCUCCCGCCGAUGCAGAGGGGGAGGAGGAGCCAGCCGCCGCCCGCCGCAACAGAGUCGCCCCGACGGUGGCGUGCAUCCCGAACCGCUCCUCCCUCUUAGUGCCUCAUGGCUGUUCUCGUUUCAAGCACUGUAUUGACACGGCCGUAGCAGACAGGAUUCAUCUUAUCAUCGUGAAGCGUUUGGUCACGUCUGAAGCACUACGAAAGACUGCAGCGCCCGAGCACCGAGCCAUCGCUCUUUCUGUUUGCCGUGCAUUUCUGAUCUGAUGUUUUGAAUGACACUGUGUAGAUAUAUACGAUUUGUUUGGUUUAUUUUGGGUUUGUUUUGUAUUUGGCAUCGGUCGCCUCAUCGUCAAUAUUGUAGGGUGAAGGAAAUCCGACCGAAGCAACCUAUGCACCUUAACACUCAUUACAAGCAGAACCAUAUGAGGAGGGUCGGCAGCGAUGUUUUAUGAACGUUUUGUGGCACUGAAACUGAAAUAGGCGUAACGUUAUCCUGCCAACCAGUCGGUUGCAUGAAGUGGGUGGGGUUUAAAACAGACCACGCCCCUCAGCCUUUUGCUUACAUGUAAUACUUAAGCUGAUCUAAAAAUGACUUAAAGGAAAAGUUAAUGCAAAAAUUAAAAUUUGCUGAAGAUGUGAUCAUCCUCAGGCCAUCCAAGAUGUAGAGGAGUUUGUUUCUUCAUCAGAUUUGGAGAAAUGUAGCAUUGCA